UGCAACCGCUUGGGGUUAAACCCUCAAAAUCGGUUCAUCCCAAAUCUAACAACCCUUUCAAACCAAGCAAACAAAACAACCGAUGAUGAUCAACCUAAGAGGAAGGCAACUCAUAAACAUGGUAUACGGAUAACCUGAACCCCCCCCCCCCAUUGCUGCCAAAAAAUACAAAACCAAAAUGAUUCUCAACAAGCUGGUAGCCUUCAUUUACACCAUUGUUGGUGUAAGAAGAUCAGUAAGUGAUGAAGGGAAAAGAACAAAAGAAGCAACACCACCACCACCCACGGCGGCUGGCUAUGUGGUGGUGAUGGAGGGAACAGCAAUGGGCAGCAGCAGCAGCAGCAGCAGCAGCUACUUGCAGGGAUCAACAGAAGGAGAAACAUGUUGUGUAUGUUUGUCAAGCAUGGAAGAAGGGGAAGAAACAAGGGUGUUGCCAUGUUUCCAUGAAUUUCAUAGGGUUUGUGUGGAUAAGUGGGUGAAUACAUGUCAGAAGAAUUGUCCAAUAUGCAGGUUUUCAAUGGAGGAAGAAGAUAGGUUUAUGUUUCAUAGAAGGGAAGCUUUCACUGAAGAGAUGAUGAUAUGGUUUUCAUCUUUUCAUAUAGCCGGAUUCUAGCCGGAAAUUGCCAGGAAUUAAACCCGGCUCUUCUGAAAGCCAAAUAUGCACCAGACGAAAAUGAAAUUACUGUUAAAAUUUGAUGUUGAAAUGUUUUUAUUGUUUUGUAUAAAAUUUCGUUUCAAUGCAUAUUUGCUCAACCUCUUUUUUUUUAUU